AUGAUCCCACCAGGAGACUGUCUAUAUGCUGGGAGGAAAAGACGGAAACCCAUUCAAAAACAGAGGCCUGCGCUUGGAAAUGGGAAGUCCAAUCCUUCCAAGAGACACAGAGACCGCUUGAAUGCCGAGUUAGAUCACCUGGCCAGCCUCCUGCCUUUCUCACCGGACAUAAUUUCGAAACUGGACAAGCUGUCUGUUUUGCGUCUUAGCGUCAGUUACCUUAGAGUCAAAAGCUUCUUUCAAGCUGUUCAAGAGAAACACUUGUCAAAGCAAGCAAGUCAUGGAAUAAAAGAAGCAUGCCUUCCCAAGGAUCCUGCUGUACUUGGUGAACAUGGGCUCUUACUUGAGUCACUAAAUGGUUUUGCAUUGGUGGUAAGUUCUGAUGGAAUGGUAUUCUAUGCAUCCCCGACAAUUGUGGAUUAUCUAGGAUUUCAUCAGACAGAUGUCAUGCAUCAAAACAUAUAUGAUUAUAUUCAUGUGGAUGACCGGCAAGAUUUCCAUAGACAACUGCACUGGGCUAUGAAUCCGCCGCAACUGCUGUCUGGACAAAACACACAGACAGAGGCGGGAGAAGAAUUCAUUCUUAAUAAAAUGUUUGAAGCACAGGAGAAUGGCAGGAUGUCAACAGACUUUUCGCCCUUUUUAACUCGUUGUUUUACUUGUCGGAUCCGCUGCCUUUUAGAUAGUACUUCUGGCUUCCUUACGAUGCAAUUUCAAGGCAAACUAAAAUUUCUCUUUGGUCAAAGAAAGAAAUCAUCCUCAGGAGCAGUAUUGCCUCCUCAGCUGUCCUUAUUCUGCAUAGUUGUACCAGUUCUGCUGCCUUCUGCAACUGAUACGAGGUUAAAAAGCCUUCUUGUGAAAGCAAAAUGCAGGUCUGACCAUACAGCCCCAAUAUAUACAAAUUCAAAGGCUAUUUCAGGACAGUAUGUGGCUGAUUUCCAUGGAAGAAACUAUUUCCUAGAAGGAAAGAAUAAUAAAGAAAUUAUGACAUGGCAAGCAAAUGAAGAUCACUGGGUUUGGAUACAAGCAAAUGCACAAGUUUGUUGUAGAAAUGGUUCUUCAGAAUAUGUCGCUACUCUACAGCAAAGCCCCAAGGAAGGAGACAAUCACCAGAAGAUACCAAACAGCACAGCGAGCUUGAAACGGAACAGGGAUGGGCUAGAACCAAUGAAGCAUCAUAGAUGGACCUCAAUGAAAAAAGAGCAGGAUUGCAGAAAAGUCAAAUUUGAGCUUCACAAAGAUAAUGACGUUGAAUGUUUAAGUCCGCAAGAGAUUGUCAGUUCCAGUGGGCCACUAUUUGGUCUUCAACACUGUAACAAUGUAAAUGGCAUGUGGACUUCAAGGAAUCCACCAAGUUCUUGUAACAGAGGCCAGCAGAAUGAGAGCAUGUGCUCAAACAAAACUCUGCGACCAUUCUACAACAGAGACCAGCGGCUCUUCAGUUUAUCUGCCACCUGUUCGUCGCACUGGGGUGGCAUAGAAAAUUGCCAAACGCACCCAAACUUGCAGCAAUACACAGCGGACAGCUAUUCAGCAGAAUACGCAAAACUCCAGUGUCCACUGAUAUCUUCAGAAGCCCCGUACCACACUCAGAACACGCUGAUCAAAACGGAAUAUGAUUCGGAUUCUGAAAAUGUAGUGAAUAGUUAUGCCAUUUCACCAAGUCGAGUCUGGCUAGAUGAAAAGAGCACGGUGAAGAAGCUGCCAAGUCAUUUUCCUGCCGGGGUCCAUCUCAAAGCAGAAAUGGAUUUCAGUGAGCAGCCACCUCCUUGCCAAAGUCCAAAGCGUUGCGUUUACUCGCCAUAUAAUUGGCAACGCAUUGUGAUGCAUCACACCAAUAACAGCAGUAGAAAUGGAUCUGGCAAAGGGGGGCAUUACAGGGCGAUAUCUCCGUUGGGCCCGCAGAACUCUGUCUGUGUAGAAACUCUAGAGGGUAUGCAAGGGACAUAUUGCUGUAAUCCAUUUUAUAAUACUAGUUUUGUAGAAGAGAGAGAGCUAAAUACCCAGGUCCUAAAGACACACUCUGUGUGUCCCAGCUUUAUUCAAACAAUCAAACAUGAGCCUUUAGAUUCUCCACCUAUAUCUGACCGUGGUCAGAAUGGAGUACAAGCUACUUUCCAUGAAAAUGCAUUAGCAGGUUCUCAACCUCAUAAAAUACUGGGAUGUACAUUUUCACAGCAAACUGUGUAGUGUGUUAGAAAGCUUCCAUGUGUUGCUCACAGCAUCA